AUGUUGGUGCCCUCAUUAGCCGUAUGGCUUUCCUUUGGAUCGCUUGCACUCGCUGGUCCACUACGGGCCGAACCGCUCUCAGAUGAGUUUCCAUCGUAUGAGCAAAUGGUCAAGAGGCAAGAUGGUGCUUGUACCAACACAGCACGUACUCGCAGCUGCUGGAGCAACGGUUACAGCAUCGCCACUGAUUUCGAUGCUAAGGCUCCUCCGGAUGGCACCACUGUAACUUACAAUUUUGAGAUCAGCAAUGUUACACGGGCCAAUCCUGAUGGCAGUGGUACUUCCAAAGAGAUGAUGCUGGUUAACGGCCAAUAUCCCGGUCCUACUCUGCGGGCAAAGUGGGGUGAUACCGUAAUCAUCAAUGUCAAGAACAGUCUCGAACAUAAUGGAACCGGUAUUCACUGGCACGGUAUCAGACAGUUGAACUCUUGCCAGGAUGACGGAGUUCCUGGAAUCACCGAAUGCCCAAUUGCCCCUGGUAAAACUCGCCAGUACAAGUGGAGGGCCACUCAGUUUGGUACAUCUUGGUAUCACUCGCAUUUCUCAGCUCAAUAUGGUGAUGGUGUCGUUGGCCCCAUCAUCAUUGAUGGACCUGCAACUGCCAACUAUGAUGUAGAUCUUGGCGCUCUUCCCAUCACCGACUGGUACUACACACCGGCCUUCACACUGAACGAGCAGGCACAGCAUUCUCAGUUUGGACCUCCCAAAGCUGACAAUAUUUUGGUCAACGGUACUCAUAUCAAUGCGGCCAACGACAACGGACAGUAUGCCAAGAUCAACGUGGUCAAGGGAAAGAAGUACCGCAUUCGUCUCAUCAACACAGCCGUCGACAGCACGUUCAGUGUUUCCAUGGACGGUCAUCCAUUCACCGUCUUGACCUCCGAUUUCGUGCCCAUCAAGUCCUACGUCACCGACCAAUUGACCCUGCAGAUCGGUCAACGGUACGACGUAGUUAUCACUGCUAACCAGACUGUCGAUAACUACUGGUUCCGUGUCGCCGUUGGAGGGUGUGGUAGCAAUGCCAUGACGACGUCUGGCAAGCAACUAGGUGCUAUCCUCCAUUACGAUGGCGCAGCCACAACCGGCAACCCCAAGUCUACCACCACAGUUACAAUGCGCACGUCCUGCGACGAUGAGCUCUCCAGCAACCUCGUCCCCUAUGUACCUAAUACCGUGCCCAACACCGUCAUGGGAGAUGUCCAGGGCCACAAAAUGGAAGUAGAUUCCUUCGCCGACCCCACCAAGAACAACCUCUUCCGCUGGCUCAUUGACGGCACGCCACACAUUGUAGACUGGAACAACCCGUCUCUCGAGACCGUGCUCGCCGGCUCCAAGUCCUUCGGUCCAAACGGCAAUGUCUACACCAUGGAUGGAUCUGGCUGGUACAUGUGGUGGAUUCAAUCCACGUCCAAGAUCGCACUACCCCACCCCAUCCAUCUCCAUGGCCACGACUACUACAUCGUUGGCCGUGGUGCAGGUACCUGGGACGGUUCUACCAACGGUCUCAACUUCAACAACCCCACGCGUCGUGACACCGCUGUGCUGCCGGCUGGUGGUUACAUGCUCAUUGCUUUCCCGGCUGACAACCCGGGCAUGUGGAUCAUGCAUUGCCAUAUCGCAUGGCACGCGAGUCAGGGUCUCAGCCUGCAGUUCAUGGAGCGCAUGGGUGAGAUCAAGGGUAAGUUGGGCGACACCAGUGUGCUCAAGAACGGGUGUGACGAGUGGGAUUCUUACUGGGCUGAGGGGUCAGCACCAGAUGCUGAUAGACCUUACAACCAGACGGAUUCUGGUAUCUAA